CCGCAAGUCGAGCGCCGUGGCUCGCGAACACGGCACAUCAUCUUUGGUACAUUUCUACCACUGCAUCUUACCGCAGCGGUGUUCUUCGAUCAUUAGCUAUCCAAUUCUGCGUCUUUCUUUCCCCGCCGCUUCAGCUUCCUUGUCCCUCGUCCCUCUUCCUUCGUCCUGUCCCGUCUUCCGGUCGUCCUUCUUGGCCCUUCGUUUCUACGCCGCCCUCUUUCCUCUUCCUAUUGCGAACUCUCGGCUCCCCGUUGUUGCGCGCGCCCGGAGAGCCGCCCGCCGCUCGCCGCCGGCCGCCAUGUCACGCCUCUUCCGACCCCUCCAUUCGCUCGUCGGAUCCACGAGGCUAAUAUCGCGGUUGCCGAGCGGGCAGACGGUCCGCGUCGAACGGGUCAAAGUCAAGCGCGGCAAACCAGCCACGCGUUUCUUAGGCAACGUGCUCAAAGGCGCCUUAGUCUUCCAGCUGGUUGUCAGCACCCUUUCGCCCCUCGUUGACGACAUCGACGACGACGACGACCUGGUACCAGGGGAAGAUGAAGAAAACGACGAGCCUCUCUUCGUUCCUUUUCCCUUCACGACGAAAAAGCUCCCGCGUCAGCCCUAUUCGGGGUCUGACCCGGAGUGGAUCGAGUUUAUCAGGAUAUCCAAAGACGAGCGGUUGCGAGAUGCCAUCAUCAAACACACCUGCAAGAUCGUGCUUGGGAGGGCGCAAAGGACUCCACUUCUGUCUCAGAGGCUUGGAAAACCGACGUCGGUGAGGAGAUGCUGGCUCGACUUCGAUUACCCCUUCUACGCACCGCCCGAGUAUGAGCGGUCCGGCAUAUUGGUUACGGAUGAAGCGAUAGAGUGGACCACUAUGCGCUGCGAUCCGUAUCUGGUGAAAUACCUGAACCGGGUCUUGUGGCCACAACCCAUGGCCCUCGGCAUCUGGGCUCUAGGGAAGGAGGCCGCCAAGCAGACGGCGAGCGAUGUUGCGAGAUAUUUCGGGUUUGCCCUCGAGGACCCCACCAGGCCGCAGACACGGCCGGCGGGUCCGAGCAGCAACCCGCCGCCAUUACCGACGUCUCCCGGCCCCGAGAUGCAGAAGGCCCUCGAGCGGAUCCGGCAGCAAACCACCAGGCGUCCAGCCGAGGUCAACGACCCGAGUGCCGCCGCGUCGUCGUCGGCCGCCGCGGCGCCGGCGCCCACCCCGACGGCUCCGCAGGACAAGGCGGUCGAUGCUCCAAGCAAGCCGAACCUCGACCAGAGCAACUCGCCGGAUUUGCCGAGCCCGCGGGGUUGGUUCAGGGAAUUGGUGUUCUCCAUCAAGAAAUCCCGGCCGUGGAAAACGUUCCAAGAGUCCUUCUUCCGCGAGUGGCAACCCCUGCGGCCCGAUCCUCCCCGCGGCAGCGUCCUCCUCUCGGGUGUCAUCGAGCUGGAGACGCCGCGCGCUUGGAUCGUCGUCGACACGUGGGCCUGGUACUGCCCCGCGACCAACUCGAUCGACACGGACUCCAUGCGACUGGUUCUCCGGCGGAUUCAACACAAGGUGCAGAAACCGCUAGGGUAGUCUGCCGUCUCUCUUUCUCCUAUCCGUCUUUUCUUUCGGUUCGGCAUGUAGCCAGGCGUUU